AAAAUAUUGGAGAUUAUGAUAAAAACCUUCAUAUACUAAACGACUAGAGUUAAUCAGUAAAUAUAAAUUUAUAUCGAAAAGAGGAUUCUUUUAAAGAUUAAUCAUCUAUUUGAUUAACUAAGUGAAAUAUAUGCGGUUUAAAAAUAUGGGAAAGAUAGGAUAUGAGGAGGACGGAUAUAGAAAACGCUGGAAGGAAAGACGUCUAACGGAUAUUUUUUCUAAAAUGGAGAAUUAUAGGCUUAAAAAAACGAUGCAAGAAGAAACAUCUUAUAAACAUUAUUUUUAUGAAAAAGAAGGGAUAAUAGAUAAAAAAGAAAUAGAAAGGGAUUCUGGGAGAAAUAGAAAACGUUCAGUAUCACCAUAUCAUAAAGAAUGUUCCAAAAAAAUUAGUAGAAAGUCACAUUCUAUAAAUAUACAUGAUAAAACAUAUGUAGAAAAAAGGAAAGAAACGUUCUAUAAAAGACGGAGUCCUUCUGAAAACAUAUCAAGAGGAUUAUCGCCUUUUGGUUUAAAUGAUAAAAGGUACAAUUCUCGUUCACCAGGACCUAUAAAUGUUAGUGAAAGACGAUAUGUUGAUAAUUUGUCUCGUUCAAGGUCCAAUUCGUUAGAAAGAUAUAGUAAAUCUCCAAAAUAUAUAUCAUUGAAACAAGAAUCUAAUUAUUCGCCUGAAUAUCUUAAGGAUCGUCAUUUUUAUCAUAAACAUAAGAAUUAUUUUUUACCAUCAUUGGAAGAUAAGAAAUCGGAUUAUCAGAAAACGUCUAAUCAUAUCAAUAAAAAGGGUCAUCAAUAUUCAUUAUCAUUUUCAGCAUCUUCAUACAGUCAUUCUUCAUAUAAGUCUAAUCAUGAAACUAAUCAUCAUAAUUCUAGAUUUACAUCUAGAGAAAAUUAUAAGAACAAUUUAUAUGCAUCUCAUCAUAGGGAUGAUUCCGGAACGUCCUACUUAUCUUCUUAUAUGGCCGAUUCACAUGAAAAACAUAGAGAUGCUAAUGAUUUAAAAAAUCCAAGAUAUAGAUAUUCUAAUAGUGGAGAUCCAUGUCAUAACUCAUCAUUUUCUAAUGAGUUUGAUAAAAAUAGUAAAGAGACACAUGUUUUAUAUGAAAGUCCUGAUUCAUAUACUGAAAGUAGUUAUGCAACAACAAAUACACAUAAAUAUAAAGAUAUAAGUAAAAAUUCUUAUUAUCUGCAUGAUACUGAAAAUAGUGGUAAUUAUACUCAAUCUUCUGAAAAAAGCAAUAAGAAAUUACAUGAUACAGACGAAUUGUUUAAUAGAAAUUCUUCGAAAAUUAUGGAUUUCAAGAAAGAUGUUAUUAAAAAACAAGAUGAUACUAUUGAUCCUCAUUUUUCUGAAAAUAUUAAACAUUCUAUGACUCCUAUAAUAUCGUUUAAGCUAUCAAAUACGAAAAAUACAUUAUCGACUUCUAGAAUUUAUCUGGACAAUACUUCCAGUUUAAAUGAAACAUCAUAUUCUCAUAAUAACAAGACUCAAGAAUCUAAAACUAGCUUAACUAUGGAAAAUACACAGAACGAAUUUAAGUUAUCAAAAAGAUCGUUAGAUUUUAAUGAUACAUUGGAAAAUGAUGAAAAUCUUAAUUCUUCACUAAUGAAAAAAUCUAGAUCAUCUGAAAAUAUUCCAAUAAGAGAUCUAGAAAAUAAUAUAAAUUAUUCAAAUGAUAUUCAUCAGCAUUCUGAAGAUUUUCAGACACAAGGAAAUAUUUCUAUUAAAAUGCCAAUUGCAAAAAUAACUAUAAUGGAUUCUAAAGAAGGAUUUGUAUAUGAAAGGAUUGGUCAAGUUGGUGAAGGAACAUAUGGAAAAGUUUAUAAAGCUCGUAAUAGAAUAACUAAUGAAUUGGUCGCUUUAAAGAAAAUUAGGAUGGAAUAUGAAAAAAAUGGGUUUCCUAUCACUGCUAUGAGAGAAAUUAAAUUAUUGCAAUCUUUAAAACAUCCUAAUGUUGUUUGUCUUUUAGAAAUGAUGGUAGAAAAAAGUACUGUAUAUAUGGUUUUUGAGUAUAUGGAUCAUGAUUUAUCUGGUGUGUUAUCAAAUCCUAACUUCCAAUUUGAGCUUUCGCAUGCAAAACAUCUUUGUAAACAAAUGUUAGAUGGAUUAGAAUAUCUUCAUCAUCGUGGAGUAUUACAUCGUGAUAUUAAAGGAUCAAAUAUUCUUCUUGAUAAUUUUGGGCAAUUAAAAUUAGCAGAUUUUGGAUUGGCUCGUUAUUAUCAUAAAAAACGUGAUACCGCUGAUUAUACUAAUAGAGUAAUUACUCUUUGGUUUCGACCUCCAGAGCUUCUUUUGGGCGCUACUGCAUACGGGCCAGCCGUUGACAUAUGGAGUGCAGGGUGUAUAAUGAUUGAAUUGUUUACAAGAAAGCCGUUGUUUCCAGGACAUGAUGAAAUUCAUCAACUUGAACUUAUUUAUGAUAUGAUGGGAACGCCAACACAUGAAAAUUGGCCUACUGUAGACCAAUUACCAUGGUUUGAGCUACUUAAACCAUCUGAAAAAAAAAUAGGGAAAUUUUAUGAUCGUUAUUCAUCAAUUUUGUCUCCUGCGGCUUUAAAUCUUCUUUCCAAUAUAUUAGCACUAGAUCCAUCAAAACGACCAACUGCUACUGAUGCAUUAAAACAUACUUUUUUUACUCAAGAAGAACCUAAGCCGGAGCCUCCCUUAGGGCUAGGUAAUAUGAAAGGAGAUUGGCAUGAAUAUGAAAGCAAAAGAAGAAGAAAAAAAUUAAGAGAAGACAAAGAAGCAAAUGAAAAUAUGGAAACUGAGAAUAUGACGAAAUAAAUUUGUAAUUAUAAAUAUUAAUAUCGUUCAGAAAUUUAUUUUUAAAAUGUUUUUGGCAUUCUCAAAAGGGUUCAAUUUAUUAUAUUUUGUAGGAAAUGAAAUGUAUGAUUAUUAAAGAUUAUUUUUAUGAUUUAUAAGUACUAUUUAAAAGUUCAGUCAAAGCAUUAGAAACCUAUUUAAAUUAAUAUUUUAUUCAAAUUUUAAAAUCCAUAACCUCUCCAUUAUGAUUAUUUAAUAUUUUAAAUGCUAAUUUCUCUUCAAAGCCACAUUCGGAAACCAAAUAAUCAAGUCUAUGAUAUAUUAAAAAAAAAUAAAAUAUGCUGGACAUAAACGUUACUUUGCUAAUUCCCGAAAACUCUGAGCAGUGUUCAUCCAAUCAUUUGCAACCAUUUUCCAGAUAUCUUUUUUUUUAACAGGAUCUACUGUUUUUACUUUUAUUGAAAAUGUUGCUACUACAGGACGGUGAUCUGAAAUUCGUACAUUUAAUUGACGAUAACUAGUGCAUUUCAUUCUACUGUCUCCUCUAUAAAAAAUACGAUCACACCAAGCUGGUGAUCUUUUUUUUUCACUUGUAUCAUAUUCAUCUGUUCCUAUAUCAUACUUAUAAGUUGGAGGAAAAUUAAUUUCUGCUUCGUUAAAAAGACGUAAUCGAAAUCCUGGAUUUCUUUUUCUUUGUAAAAUAAGUUGAUCUUUUUCAAAAAGAGAUUGGUAAUCUUUGCAGCGAAUGUGGUCUAAAAUAGCGUCACGACACAUAUCUAUACGAUAAUUUAAAUCUCCAUUUAGUAUACAAAUUUCAUGAUCCAAAAUCAUUGAUCCAUCUCCUCCCCCAACAAAUAAAUCUGCUCUCUUAGAAUUAUCUAGUUCUGGAGGGAAAUCUGAUGAUUCUAGAAUAGUAGCUAAAUGGUUGUUUCUAUCUACUACUUGAGAUUUUCCUGCAGCAAGAUGACAAUUAAUAAAACAUAAAGAUGUAUCAUCAAGUAUAAAACGUACAACAAGUGCCCCCUAGAUUUUAUAAGUUCAAAACAAUCUAUAGUUAAAAAAACAGACUUUAUUUCCAUGUAAUCCUCCUAGACCAGUUUUUACUUGAACACUGUUCAGUUUUUUAAUAUUUGGUUUUAUUGAUGUUUUAGUAAAAAUGCAAGUAAAUAAUCCGACUAGGUUUUCAGAAUGAAGAAGAGAAUACUGAAAUUCAGAAUGCAGAUAAGUUAUUAUUUCAUUACUCAAUCGAUCUUUCCAUGCGCUGUAUUGACAAGACAUAUGUUCUUGAAAUUGUUUAGGGUCCUUUUUUUUAUUAAAUUUCAUUAAAUGUUCUGGAAUAAAAAUCAAUAUACAUUAAAUGGUCUUUGAAAAACAUACUUGCAGUCAGGCGUUUAUUUUCCAAAUCAACAAGUUCUUGGAAACCGAAAACUAUUAUCUCAGGAGGAUUUGGAGAUUGCAGAACUUUUUCAAAAAAAGAAAAAUCAUCGGUUGAAGAAUUUAAAUCGUUAGGUCUUGAAGCACCUGCAUUCCAUGUACAAACAGUAAUGUUUAUAUCUCGAAAUCUACAAAACUCCUCAUCUCGUUUAUGCAUUUCAUUUUCUAAAUUAUUAAAAUGCAUUAUAUUUAGAAAUUUAUUAAUACCUAGCCAAUCUUCCAUUAAUAAACCAUCCCAUAUUCUAAUAAUAUUAUCAGAGGCCAAAGAUACUACUUGACAUCUUUUAACUUUCCAAAUACUUGUUGUAUCUAAUUGCAAUUCUAAUAUUGGAAAUUUAUGAGCCCACCAUCCUUUCAUUACUUUUCUAGGUUUAGAUUGAAGAUCAUAUACAUAAAUCAUUCCUGUUUUAAAUGCUGCCCAUAAAUAAUUACCAACGCCUAUCAAAGAUACAAUAUUAUAAAGGCUAACAUUAAUAACAUCCAAGCAAGUAAGAGAAGUUCUAGAAUAAACAGAAAUUUUCCCAUCCUGAUGUCCUAAAUAAACUAGAUCUGGUUGGUCUCGAAGGAAAGCGCCGCAUGAAAUUUCUCCCACGGGUAAAUGUGGUACAAUUGGUCGAUUGGUCGCAAUAAAUGGAAGUUUAUUUAGAUAUGCUAAAGGAUUAUAUACAUAUACCGACCUAGAAACCCCUAACCAAAGUUGGUUUUUUACAACAAAACAGAAAGAUGCUUUGGCUACAACUUUAUAUGUGCGAGGAGUACUUUGAAGAUGCAAACCAUUUUUAUGUGUAUCGUCAGACCAAAUUAAUAAUUUUCCACUGUCAUCAAGAGUCCAUAAUUCAUAUCCGCAUCUUAAUAUGAAUAUAAUCGGAUGAGAAUGGAUACCAAAUCGCUUAUCAACAAAGCCUUGAUAAAAUAUAUUAAUUUCUAAAAUAUGCCCAUCUUUUGUUCCUAGCCAUAUUCUAGUCCCCUCCUCAUCUACAUUUCGACAAGGUACAAAAGACAUGCUAGUUAUUUUCAUAUCAGUGCACGGUAAUGACCAUAUAUGUUCACCAGUUUUAAUGUUCCAUACUUUUAUAAUUGUACCACAAGAACAUAAAUAGUCUCCCGAAACAAGAAAAUGUUUUAUUUCAGAACGACCACGGAUUUCUAAAGGACCGUUUUUAAAUAUUGGUUGCCGACGGUUUGUUUGUGAUGAGUCAGGAUAAUCUGUUGUAGGCUGGUUUUCAGAGCACUUAACAGUUUUUUCCCCUAGAUCAGAUUUGCUUUCAUCAAUUACAGAUGAAGCUGUUAAGGAUACUGAAGAAUAACGAAAAUCUGCAGGUGGAUAUGAAAAGGACUCCCCUCCUGGCAAUCUAGUUGACAUGCUAUAUGAUUUCAUAUGUCCUUUAAAUAAAUCGUGUCUAUCAACAAUGUCUUUCUUAGGUUUUAAAGGUUUUUCUGUAAAAUUAAAAGGCUUAUUAGCACGGGCUUUUAAAAUAUCAUUUGGUUUUGGUGGAAUACAAGCUUAUUGGAGAUUUCUAUGUCGUUAAUAUCUAGAUUUUUAUCAUGUUUUGAUAUUUUGUUAAAAGUUGCUUCAGAAAAUUCGGAUGGUGCAAUAUUUGAUAUAUUAUCGUUAUGAAAAAAAUCAUCAAUUAUAGGAUCCAUGUAUUCAUGAGAAAGCAAUGGCUUUUUUAUAGAAACAUUAUCAAAGCUAGAACCUAGAAUAAUUUAACUUUUUUAAAAAAAUAUUGAUUUUACUAAUUGAAUCAUCAAAUGGUGAAUUAGCGAUGUCUGGUAG